AUGAUGACGACGGCCGACACCACCGACCGCUCCGGCAAUCCCAUACUCAACGAGCAGCGCGCGACGGCCAACUUCUUCGCCACCGGCGCCGGACACGUCAACCCAAUGAAGGCCACUGACCCUGGCCUGGUCUACGACAUCGCCCCCGUCGAUUACAUCGGCUACCUCUGCAGGAUGUACACGACCCAGCAGGUCUCUGUGAUCGCGCGCCGGCCGAUCGACUGCUUGACCACCGUCGUGAUCAGUGACCGCCUGUUGAAUUACCCGUCGAUCUCGGUCGCUUUCCUGGCGCCCUGGAAUUCGACUACGCCGGUGGUGGUAAGGCGGAGGGUGAAGAACGUCGGGGAGGUGCCUUCGGUGUACGACGCGACGAUUGACACGCCGAGCAGCGCCGUAACGUAUACCCGAGGGAGCUGGAGUUCACCGAAGCGAACCAGGAGGUGA